UACUGAACUGUCGUUUAACGGACCUGUUCAGGCAUUUUUCUUUCUCACCGUCCCUCUCCUCCUCAUUGACAUAAGAGUAUGGUCCUCCAAUGACCACGUUCACCGAGUCGGCGAGUCCACCCACUACGCUCCCACCAACCCAACCCCCCUAAACCCCCCAGUUCCUAGAUCUCUGAAAACCCAAGAACCCCCCCCCCCCCAACGUCUUCAUCAUGUUCCCCAUCCCUCAAUGAACUUCCACACCCCGAAAUGUUAAAGCCCCCCCUCAUACCCAUAUCCUCCAUUCGCCUCCAAACCAUUCAAUUGCUAUUGGGUUCUCACCGUUUUCUCAAACCAGCAUCAAAAUCUGAGCUUUCUUUCCAGUUCUCAACCUCACCCUCUGGACCUUUCCCGUAUGUGAUUUCGAGAAUCUGUGACAUUCUAUGCGAUCCCCAAUGGGAAAAGAGCUCGGAGCUCCGGCGCAUGUGCCACAAUCUGGGAACCCACCACGUUUCCAAGAUUUUGGAAACCCACAGGAAUACGGACACGGCUUUGCGCUUCUUCUUCUGGGUUUCCAAGAGACGUCCAUACCAGCAUGACUUGAGCUGCUACAUAUCAAUGCUGAAUAGACUCUUGCGCGAAGGGGUGUUUGCUCCUGCGAACCAUGUGGUGAUUUUGAUGAUCAAAGCUUGUAGAUAUGAGGAAGAGCUUAAGCGGGUAAUUUUGUAUUUGGAUGAAUUCAGCAAAAACGGGUUUGAGUUUACUUUAUACAGUUUCAAUACGCUUUUGCUUCAGUUGGGCAAGUUUGAGAUGGUUGGUGUUGCUAAAAAAGUGUAUACUCAGAUGCUAAAUAGCGGGAUUAGACCAAGCUUGUUAACACUUAAUACAAUGAUUAAUAUACUGUGUAAAAAGGGCAAGGUUGAAGAAGCAAAGUUGAUUUUCAGUAAGAUUUAUCAGUUUGAUAUGUGCCCUGAUACUUUUACAUAUACGUCUUUGAUUCUUGGGCAUUGUAGGAAUGGCAAUUUGGAUAAGGCAUUUGAAGUUUUUGAUCAGAUGGCGAAGUCCGGGUGUGAUCCAAAUGCUGUUACUUAUUCAACUCUUAUUAAUGGGCUGUGCAAUGGGGGCAGACUGGAUGAGGCAUUGGAUAUGCUUGAAGAAAUGAUUGAGAAAGGGAUUGAACCCACAGUAUACACUUACACUCUCCCAAUUAAUUCUUUGUGUGAGGGUGGUAGAAUGUUAGAUGCAAUUAAGCUUUUGGCAAGUAUGCAAAAGAGGGGUUGCAAUCCUAAUGUUCAGACAUACACAGCAUUGAUCAGUGGGUUGUUUCGGUCAGGAAAACUUGAAGUUGCUGUUGGACUAUACCACAAAAUGUUGAAGGAUGGUUUAGUUCCAAAUACAGUUACAUACAAUGCGUUGAUAAAUGAGUUAUGUGUGGAAAGAAGACUCAGCACUGCACUGAAGAUUUUUCAUUGGAUGGAGGGACAUGGUGCCUUGUUAAAUUCACAAACAUAUAAUGAAAUUAUUAAGGGAUUGUGCAUGAUAGGUGAUAUCACUAAAGCAAUGGUUCUUUUCGACAAAAUGCUCAAGGCUGGACCCACUCACACUGUGAUUACCUAUAACUUGCUCAUUGAUGGAUAUGCCAAAUUGGGAAAUAUGAAUAAUGCUAUAAGAUUAUUGGAUUUGAUGAAAGAGAGUAGAUGUGAACCAGAUCAAUGGACAUAUACUGAACUUAUUUCUGGCUAUUGCAGGGGGUUUGAGUUGGAUAAUGCGACGGCUAUGUUCAAUGAAAUGGUAGAACGGGGUAUAAGUCCAAAUCAUGCCAGCUACACUGCUUUAAUUAAUGGAUACUGUAUGGAAGGGAAGUUAGAUGUUGCCUUAUCACUAUAUGAGAAAAUGGUGGACAGUGGUUGCUGUCCAAGUAUUGAGACAUACAAUGCCAUUAUUAAUGGUUUUUCAAAAGAUAAUAGAUUUUCUGAAGCUGAGCAACUGUAUAAUAAGAUGACAAAGCAAGGAUUGCUCCCAAAUGUCAUUACCUACACGACUUUAAUUGAUGGUCUCUGUAGGAAUGGCAGGACUGACCUUUCCUUCAAGAUUUUCAAUGAAAUGGUCAAGGAAAAUUGUCUGCCAAAUGUGUACACCUAUACUUCACUGAUGUAUGGCUUCUGUCUAGAAGGCAAGGCAGAUGUUGCGGAAAAGUUGCUUGAAGAAAUGGAGAUGAAAGGAUUGAUUCCUGAUGAGGUAACAUUUACCUCUCUCAUUAAUGGUUUUGUUAUGAUUGGUAAUUUAGAUCAGGCAUUCUCACUCAUAAGGCGAAUGGUUCGUAUUGGCUGUAAACCCAACUAUCUAACUUACAUUACGUUGUUAAAAGGGUUGCAAAAGGAAUUUCAGCAGCUUACUGAAAAGGUUGUGGCACAACAUGAGACUGUCUAUGCUUGCAGCUCUGAUGAGCAAUAUACAAACUUUGAAAUGCUGUGUAAUCUCUUAACUAGGUUGUCAGCAAGUAAGUGCGAACCGACUGUUGAUACCUUUGUUACUUUAGUGAAAGGCUUGUGCAGAGAAGGUAGAUGGUAUGAGGCUGAGCAGCUGGUAGAAUACAUGAAAGAGAAAGGCUUGUCUCCCAAUAAGGAAAUCUAUCAGUCUCUAUUGAUUGCUUAUUGUAAAAACACAAAAGUGGACUCUGCUCUGAAAGUCUUUGACUUGAUGGCAGUUGGUGGCGUUGAGCAUCAGUUACCAAUUUAUAAGGAGCUUAUUUGUGCCCUCUGCAGGGCAAGUCGGGCAAAAGCAGCUCAAGCAAUAUUUGAGAGCAUGCUUGAGAAACAAUGGAAUGCUGAUGAGGUUGUUUGGACGGUGUUAAUUGAUGGAUUACUGAAGGAAAAGCAAUUAGAUCUAUGCAUGAAGCUCCUUCAUGUCAUUGAAUCUAGGAAUUGCAACCUCAAUUUCCAAACAUAUGUAAUCUUGUCCAGAGAAUUUUCAAAAUUAGACCUAUCCGAGGAGGCAUCUCAAAUGGCUAAAAAGAUAAGAUUUUUCAGAGAUAUAAAUUAAUCGUGGUUCCUUUACAUUGUGUUUGGAAGGAAGAAAGAGGAUAUGGAAAGAGGAAGGAGAUGUUUUUAGCAAUUUGGUGGAAUGACUGGCUCGAGGGAGGGAUAGUAGCCUCUCCUGCUCAUCUUUUGUCAAAUUAUUUAACUUUUUUGACAGUAAGUCAGAAUAGGAGAGAGAAAAACGAGAUGCUCCUUUAAUUACAUUUUACCGUUACUGCUUCUCACAACUUUUACAGAGGUGGAUACGAUGGUAAAAGAUGAUCAUAUGAUAUUGUUUCUUCCUAAACCUUUCCACCCGACCAAACAACUCAAGGGAUGAAGAAUCUCCCUCUCCGUGCCCCUUUAUCUUUCUGCUCCCUCUUAUUUAUGCAACCGAACAUAAUGUUCUAAAUAAUGAGACAGUGCUUUUGUGUUGUCUUUGGAAAGUAAGUUGGGCAUAUGUUAAAUGAGAUCAAGUAACCAACUGCUUAAGAUGACAUUUUCUAUGCAUGAUCUUUUGCUGUGAUCUCUAUCAGCUCAACCGUCCAAUAAAUGGUUGGGAAUGUAUUAGAAGAAGGAAAUUAUAUAUAGAUUAAACUGGAAGUCUGGUACACUGUCAUUGAGGUGAAACUGCAUGGUGCUAAAUCUGCUAGAGGAUCAUGUGAUGCCGUUUGGAUGCUGUCGGUAGCUUGCUUCCUCUGUUCUCAGUAACCAUGAUAACAUGAUGCUAAGAGCCCAGUGACUUAGUGAGAAUGAGAAAUCAAUGGACAACUUUGGAGAAGAUGAGGCAGUUUGGUAGACAUAUGGAUAGGAAUUAAGAAUUUGGUAACAUUGCAAUAUCAUAAAACCUACUAAACUGCAUUGUCCAACCUCAUCUUUUCCAUGAAUCUAUCCUAUAUACUAUAUAGAAUUGUUGUGUGUGAAUAGUUGCAAGCAUUGGAUUCAAUCCUGAUGAGAUGCAUUCUCAGAGGAAAAAAAUAAAAAAUACACCAUCUCUUUCAAACUUUGGAUGCUUUCUUUGCUUAGCUGCCUCCGCAAGUAUGUUUGCUUCUUUAAAUAUUGUCCAAAUCCAGUCACGUCAUGUGAUACUUGAUUUAUUCUAUCAUUUCACUAGUUUUAGUGGACGUUUGAUAACGUUUAUUUAUUUAUUUAUUUAUUUAUUCUGGGCUUUUCUAUUUAUUGGUUUUGGUUUUUUCUUUUCAAUUAUGUGUAAUUUGCUUAGUUCAAAUGUCUGUUAGUGUUAAUGAAUGGUAGUUAAGAGUUUAUUGAGCAUCUUAAAUGGCUAUAAACUUUGGAAAAAAAAAAAAAAAAAAAGAUAAUAAGAAACGUCAACACCAAAUUCAAAACCAUAAAACCAUGUCAAAACCAUCUUUAAUUUGGUGCUUGUAUUUUCUUUUCCCUUCUAAUUAAUUGAGAUGAUUCACUAAUACUAACAUUUGAAGUAAGCAUAUUAUACACAAGUUAAAUAGGAAAAACCAAAAACAUAAACCUUAUCAAAACGAUGCAAAUUAGGAAGAAAAGAAAAAUGUUUGAUAAAUGUUUUGUUGAAAGUGGUGGGGGGAAUUGAGGCAUUAUUUACCUCCACUUUUGCUCUUGGCUACAAGUGUUUGGUUUGAUAGGAAGAAACAAAGAAGAGCAGACACUAUAGCAAAAUAUUUUACCUUGUUUUAAUUGCGUGACUGCUUUGUUUGGUCCACCAAAACCAAUCACUUUGAUUAUCGUUUGAUUUUACAACCUUCUUUCAUGCACAGACAAAUUGCUCUUUGUCAGUAGCUCUUUGGGAGUUAUUCAAAAAUUUGAAGGAAGUGAUUUUUAUCUCUGUGGCAUGCAUGCUUUUUUCCCUUCUUUUUCUUUUACUGAUAUCAAACUUUUCAUUUCAUCCAAACACUUGGGUUCCAAGAAAACCAAAGCAUACAUACUCUCCAUAAUUGCUGUCACUCGUUCUUUUUCCUUCCCUGAUUAAUGGCUAGAUUUUUGGCAAUUACAAUAGAAUUCAGGAGUCACAUUACAGAGUUUAAUCAGAGAAUUUAGAUUCUUAUUGUUUUGACGGUAUUUUAUUUGUUUUUAACAAAUAAUACACAAUCACAUCCCUUGGUUUAAGACCAAAUCACCGACACUACGGAAUAUUUUGUUGUUUAUAUAUUUUCUGGUGGGUGGGAAAUGAUGUUCUAAUCUUAUUCAACAUUUGAUCUUACGGUUCUGAAGGGCAAAAACCAAAAGGGUGGGGGGAGUAGAUGGACCCAGUUUCCUCAUGAUUAGGCUUUUGCAUGUAAAAUCUUUGUCAAAUUUCGGUAGAGAGAGAGAGAGAGAGAGAGAGAGAUAGAUGAAACUUUCUUUCUUACCAUGUUUGGAACAUGAAAAUGCUAAAUUUUCCAAGAAAGCUUCCCAUCUUUUCAUGCUUAUUCUUAGCUAGGAUUAGUCCAAAAAUUAAAGGAAUAAUUACCAUGUUUCUAUUUUAGCAAAAUAAAAAAAUAAAAAAUUACCAUGUUUCUAACAUGAUUAUUUUAAUACCUCCACUGACUUCAGCUUUAUAAGCAAAAUGCAUGAACUUAUACAAACAAAUAAUAGUGUAAACCUUUCUGAGGAUUCCUUUUCACUUUUUUUCCUCCAUGUGAGAUGGGGUCCUAAUAAAGAGCACCAACACUCCAAAAAAUAUUCCUUCCAAUCCUUGUCUCUUCUGCAUUUCCUGUGUAAACACUGUUCUGUAGCCUUUAAAAAAAUGCAAGGAUAAGUUCUUGGAGUUGAAAACAAAUACAGAAUGAAAGGAAAAAUCCCUUCCCAAUUCCUCCAAAAAUAUUUGUAAAAUCAAAUGCCAAAAUAGUCUUUUAAAAGACAAGCAGACACAAGCAUUACCUAAUUGAUGAUUCCCAUUGAAACUCACUUCCAAAUGCUAUUUUCCAUUUUCAUUUUGGACUCUCUCUCUUACACUUUUUCUCUUUAAAAAGUCCUUUUCCCUACACUUCCACCAACCCAACCGUCUCUAGACUAGCCUUUGAACCUUUCUCUUUGGAUCUUUUUGCCUCAGCAGCCGAUUCUCAUUAGUAUUUAAACACUCAAUAUGCACAAAAUUAAUUAUCAACAGCAAACGUAGCCUUCUAUAUAUACAUUUUGUAUGUAUUUUAUUUUUUGGCACUUCAAAAUCCAAAUAUAGCUCACACCCACCAAAUAUUACCUACUCCAAAAAGCUCUUCUUCAAUGGGUAGGCAAAAUGGUGAUCCAACCAUGGUUAAUUCCUCCAUUGCUCUCUUGCAAGAGAGGUUCAGACAGUUGCAGAAAGUAAAGGAAAGAAGGGAAGAGAGAGAGCUUCAGAAAUUUUUGUCUGAAACAGAAAGGGUUUCCAAUUUGGAUCCAAGUAAGCAGUCUUUCCAAUCCGAGACGAUUUUUCCUCAUGAUCAUAGGAAAACUCCUCAAGAAUCACUCUCCCUUGGACUUGACUUGCAGUCAAAGCAAGCUGAUCUUGAUCUUUCCAUGAAGACAGAGACCUUGACAAACCCAUGGUCCUUGAAUACAGCUUCCUCAAGCAGUUCAAAAGGCUUUGAGAAUUCGGAAAUCGACACCUCUCUUCAUCUGUAGAUCAUAAUUUUCUAUUUUAAAUCUUUUUUUUUUUUUUUGGUUAAGGGUAUUCCUCCUUACGUUUACUAUAUAUCUUCUACCUCUUUUUCUAUAUACUAGGUUUGUUUUAUUUCUUUUUUUUUAUAUAUAUAUACAUAUAUAUAUAUAUAUAUAUUAAAGUGAGGGGAUUCGGAAAACAGCAUAUUUGUCACCUAGGUUAUCCCCUGUAUGCUAGGUUUCUUAAAGGUUAUUUUCUUCCUCCUCUGUUUAUGUAAGAAUCGAGGAAUAAUGUAGCAAAUUUGUAUUCACCCCAAAAAUGAGCUUUUUCACUGAUAUUAUAUUCAAUGAAUAUUGUAUAG